AAGAAGGAUUUGUAGUUGGAAAUUACCACCCAAAAAUCCCCCACUUAACAGGACACCAAACACCGCCUUAAGUCAAAAUCACACGCAACACGAAUCGAACUCCUCCAUCCAUCAAGAACAAGCCAUCUCUCUGACUCUCGAGAAUCUCAAUGGCUACCCCGCAGUUCUUCCUCUCCUCAUCGAAAUACUCAGACAGCCUAACAGUUGUCGGAAUCUCAAUCUGCACUGCAAUUAUCUGCGAAACCAUUUCAUGGAUCCUUAUUUACCGAACAAACUCUUACAAAUCUCUCAAAUCCUCCAUCGACAAAGCCUCUAAAAAACUCGAAACCAUGAAAACCGAUACCGCUAAAAUCACCACCAAGAAAUCCAAAACCAAGAAAAUCGACCGUGUCGAAUCUUCUUUGAAAGAAUCAAGCCGUGACUUGUCCCUUUUCAAAUUCAAAUCUGGGGCUGUCGUUGCUUUAGUUUUGAUCGUUGUUUUUGGGCUUUUGAAUUCGCUCUUUGAAGGUAAAGCUGUUGCCAAAUUGCCCUUUCAGCCUAUCACUCUUGUUAUGAAGAUGAGUCAUAGAGGGUUACCUGGGACUGAUUCCACCGACUGCUCCAUGGCUUUCUUGUAUUUCUUGUGUUCCAUCAGUAUUCGUACUAAUUUGCAGAAGUUUCUUGGGUUUUCUCCGCCUCGUGGUUCUGCUCCUGGUGCUGGUUUUCUCCCCCUUCCUGAUCCCAAGACCAAUUGAUUCAUCCAUCUUCGGGUUUGUUUUUGUUUAAUUUGAUGGAUUUUUAGUUUUUUUUUUCGAUUUAGAUUAUGAAUUCUACGAUUCUCUUCGAAUGAGAAGUUAUUAUUGUUGUUGUUGGAUAAUAAUUUGAUAAUGGGUUCUUAGAACUUGACUGAAAUUAUGAUCUAUCGCCGUUUAAUUAUGGUUGGAUUGAAGUCAACCGUUGAUUAUUAGUCUAAUAAAUUAGAUUUAUCUGCUCA